AUGGAGAACCAAACUGCAGUGACAGAGUUUAUCCUUCUGGGCUUCACAGAUGUUCGCUGGCUGCAGAUCCUGCUCUUCAUUUUGUUACUUAUCACCUACGUUUUGACCAUAGCAGGAAAUGCUCUCAUUAUCUCCAUUACUCUGGUCAACCAGCGCCUCCAGAUGCCCAUGUACUUUUUCCUCAGGAACUUCUCGGUUUUGGAGAUCGGCUUCACCUCAGCGUCCAUCCCAAAAGUUUUGUUCAACCUGGCAUCAGGUCAUCAGUCCAUAUCUGUGGCUGGGUGCUUUGCACAAUGUUUAUUUUAUCUCACUGUGGGCACUGCUGAGUUUUGCCUGUUGGCAGCCAUGUCCUUCGAUAGGUACGUGGCCAUCUGCAACCCCCUGCACUACACAUCCAUCAUGACCAGUCACUUCUGUAACUGGCUGGUGCUGGCCUCUUGGCUUAUUGGUUUCGGGUAUGUGCUUGUCCCACUUGUUCUAUUGUUUCGGUUGCCAUUCUGUGGCCCCAACAUCAUUAACCAUUUCUUUUGUGACAGUGCUGCAUUGCUUAAACUUGCCUGCACAGACACCCACCUCCUUCGACUCCUGUCUUUCCUCUUGGCCACAGGCAGCAUAUUGGGCACUUUAGCCAUCACUGUCUUCUCCUAUUUCAAGAUCAUCUCCGUGGUGAUGCGCAUCCCCUCCAUAAUAGGACAAAAUAAUGUGCAUCUCUAUAAUCCAUGGUACAGCACAUCUUGA